ACCGAAAUAUAUCUUGCUACCCUAAACCCUGAAAAAAGAUAUCCAUAAAGUUGAGACCAUUCAAUGAAAAAAUGUUUGUUCCAAGCCCUCAAUGCCUAGUCCUAGACUUUCAUAUAUUGGAUCUUACAUGAAAAUAAAGCUCGAUCAAGAAAUUUCAGAGCCGCCAUAAUCGCCAUUAAAAAACCAAAGUCUUCGAAGAACUGGUCUGCGUGGUAGGUAAUACCCUCUAAAGUCUAAACCCUGCCAUAGGCCAAUGGAGGAGAAAGUUCUCUGUCUCGACGGUGCCUACAUCCAUCCGCAUAUCAAACGGUAUUCGUGUCGCCGACGACCGCCAAGGAGCAGCAUCUUCCCAUAUUUAGGGUUUCUACAGCUUCUUCUCUUGUGUUUACAGUUUGGACAUCAACAUCUUUUGAGCAAUGGCUCAUCUAGGGGGAGGCGCAGAAGCCCAUGCCCGCUUUAAGCAGUACGAGUAUCUUGCCAACUCGAGUCUUGUCCUCACCACCGAUUCUCAACCCCGGGACACCCACGAGCCUACAGGAGAGCCGGAGUCCCUAUGGGGGAAGAUUAAUCCAAAGAGCUUUGGGGAUCGUGCAUACAGAGGUAAGCCUCCGGAACUUGAGAAGAAGAUAAAAAAGUCUAAGAAGAAGAAGGAGCGGGAGCCAGGGCCCGAUCAGCAGCAGAGAAAGGAUAGUAAGAGGAGGCGCACCCAGGAGGAGACUGUUCUCUCGCUUGCGGAUGAGGGUGUCUAUCAGCCCAAAACUAAGGAGACCCGUGCUGCUUAUGAGGCACUGCUAAGUAUUAUCCAGCAGCAAUUUGGCGGGCAGCCACAGGAUGUGCUUACUGGAGCUGCUGAUGAGGUGUUAGCUGUUUUGAAGAACGAUAAGAUUAAGAAUCCUGAAAAGAAGAAGGAUAUUGAGAGGCUGUUGAAUCCUUUUUCGAGCCAGACUUUUGACCAGCUUGUCUCUAUAGCUCGGUUGAUCACAGAUUAUCAGGAUGGGCCUGAGACUGCUGGUCAGUUGGCUGCAAAUGGGAAUGAUGGUGCUCUUGAUGAUGACAUUGGUGUUGCUGUUGAGUUUGAAGAGGAUGAGGAGGAGGAGAGCGACUAUGAUAAGAUUCAAGAUGAAUCAGAGGAUGAUGAUGAUGGCCAGGAAUCAAACGACAUGGGUGCCAUGCAGAUGGGUGGAAUAGAUGAUGAAGAAAUGGAGGAAACUAAUGAGGGUCGGACUUUGAAUGUGCAAGAUAUUGAUUCUUAUUGGCUGCAGAGGAAGAUUUCUAAAGCUUUUGAGAAUAUUGACCCACAACAAAGCCAGAAGAUCGCAGAAGAUGUGCUGAAAAUUCUUGCUGAAGGUGAUGAUAGGGAUGUCGAGAACCAGCUUGUGACAUUACUUGAAUACGAUAAGUUUGAUCUUAUAAAGCUACUUUUAAGAAAUAGACUUAAGAUAGUCUGGUGCACACGCUUGGCUAGGGCUGAGGACCAAGAGCAGCAGAGGAAAAUUGAAGAAGAGAUGAUGAAUUUUGGGCCAAGUUUGACUUCAAUCUUGGAGAAGUUGCAUGCUACUAGGGAUUCUGCAAAAGAGCGCCAAAAGAACUUAGAGAGGAGCAUUAGGGACGAGGCUAGACGGUUGAAGGAUGACCGAGUUGUAGGAGAAGAUAGGGAUCAAAGGUUUAUGGAAAGAGAAGCAGAUAAUAGUUGGAUAAAGGGUCAACGGCAGUUGUUAGACCUUGAAACCCUUGCAUUUCAGAAAGGUGGCCUUUUGAUGGCAAACAAGAAGUGUGAACUACCUCCAGGAUCUUAUAGAACUCCCCACAAGGGCUAUGAAGAAGUUAAUGUACCAGCAUUGAAGCCUAAACCACUUGCAUCUGGUGAGAAGUUAGUUAAGAUAUCGGAGAUGCCUGGCUAUGCACGCCCAGCUUUUGAAGGGAUGAAGCAGUUGAACAGAGUUCAAAGUAAAGUUUAUGAAACUGCUCUUUUUACACCUGAGAAUUUACUCCUAUGCGCUCCAACUGGUGCUGGAAAAUCGAAUGUUGCUAUGUUAACCAUACUUCUGAGAUUUCUUUACAUUGGAAAGAUGGGCAGGUAGACACCACUGAGUUUAAGAUUGUAUAUGUUGCACCAAUGAAAGCUUUAGUUGCUGAAGUUGUUGGGAACUUGUCUAAUCGCUUACAAUCUUAUAACAUCAUUGUGAGGGAACUUAGUGGUGACCAAUCACAAACCAGGCAAC